CGUUGUGCGAUAAGUAAUGUUUGCAAUGUUUCAAACUGAGUAAAGCGGUAAUCACUUUAAAAGACAGUUGACUCAGUUAGUCGGUUGCGUUAUCAUUCAUUUAACAACCAAUUUAGUUCAAGAUGACUGGCCCGAGUGUUUCAGCUUUAACGAAAAAUGAAUGUGUUUGUGAACCGGAUGCCACUUCGUCUAAACUGACGGAAACAAUCGAAAUCGAAGAAGAUGCUCAUAUCCACGUUGCUGAAUGGCGAUUACAAAAAGUCCAGUCUCCAAUUGAGUUACAACAUGAUGAAAGUAUCCAUCACGAUCAUUUCGAACCACUGGAAUUUCAUGGCCAUUGGGAUGUUGGUGGCGAUGCUACAUUCACUAAUAAUGGAUUCACAGCAACUCUGCGGUUCAAAAACAGAGAGUUACCAAUUUUGAAAGGGGGGCCCCUGCAUGGAUUCGAAUAUGUAUUUGAGCAGUUACACUUUCAUUGGAGUGAAGAUGACCACAGCGGUUGCGAGCAUAUUUUUGAAGGACAAGCGUAUUCAAUGGAGGCACAUGCAGUUCAUUACAAUAAGAAAUAUGCUGAUUUCCAAGAAGCACAUGAUAAACACGAUGGAUUGGCUGUGGUAGCGUUUUUUCUGAAGGCUACAGAUGCUAUAGAGAAUCCUUGUUUCAGCAAAUUAUCUACAGCGGUUAUGGAUAUUGUCAAAAUCAACACGGAGACCAGUGUAUCUUCAGAUUGCUUGACUUGGAUUAAAGAAGAAGCUCAAUGCAAGGGAUACUACACAUAUCAAGGUUCUUUGACAACUGAACCAUAUACGGAGAGUGUAACAUGGAUUCUAUAUCCCCAGCCUAUUCAUGUUUCUCGAGAACAGGUAGCACAUUUUCGCAGUCUGCAUUCGACUCCUUGUGAACAACAUAACAUUAAAACGAACGUGAGGCCCAUCCAGAAACCAACUGAAGAUCAAAAAUUCAAUAUUAUCUAUGCCAGAAAUCAUCGAUCAUCAUCACCAGCUCCGUAACGUCCGUUUUAAAAAAGAUUUUAAACAUUCUGUCGGCAAAUCAUACUUCACUACAGAUAGUGUUAGAACGUAUAUUAUCUCACUUAAAAUGAAAUAUUCUCAUAGAUAUAAUUUGAUCGAUAAUGUUCCAUAUGGUGAUAGAGAAUGUUUGACAGGCUUUGAAGAAAUAUACAGGGUGUAGCAAAAAG